AUGCGUGCGAGUUCAUUGUUUAAAUAAAACUAGCGCCAUAAGUGCAAGAGGAAAGGACAUGUUAGUUAUCGGAAGAGAUAUGAUUAAUGUAUUUCUUUAUUAGGAUUACUUGGUGUUCAAGUUAUUUCAUGCUAUGGAAAUCGGGGUAAUUAGGUUCUUCUGGAGUGGACAUUUCUACUCCAGAGCAUACUAAGAUUCAAUUUUAUAGCUAGCACGGGUUUAAAGGCCACGCUCGACCAAUGUGCUUUGCGCACCGUUGUUAUCGUUAUUAUCCGGGAACUCGAUACUUUUUUAAAGGCGAAGUAGCUUUUGCCAAUAUUUUUAACUCCUCCACCAAAUAAACAGAGCUUUUUUAAAGCUGUAAGAUAAAAUGUAUUUAUAUCAAGACAGGCAUCCAAACAGUGUUUGAAGAUAACAAACAAGAAUUGCAUGUGCUUGACCUAUCGCGAGAAAAGACCGCAAAACUAUGAUAUUCAACUCACCGAAAACAUAACCGCAAGUCCUUCUGUAUUUAUCUGAGAUUUUCUAAUUUUUCUUUCAAUUCCUCAUUCUCCCUCUCCUCUUGAGAUAAAGACCAUGUGCUUAGCAGAGUCUCGAUCAGGCAUGCUUGCAGCAGAUACAAGCAUCAUGUGAUCGGCGUAUUUUCAUCCCCAGGUCACCGAUCAAGAAAAUUGAAUUCGUGAAUGCAUUUCAAUUUUUUUUUUUUUUUUUUUUGUUUUUGGAAAGAGGAAAAAUUAAUUUAAAAAAUUCCAUUUUCAAUUUUUCGGAAAAUUUGCAUUUUACCCGUGCCUUAGACUUUUUUGAAAAUUGAAAAAUGAAUUCGUUAAAUUGUCAUUUUUUAAUGAAAAAAUUAAGAAUUUGUUCAUGCUUAGCGUGCGUAUAUCGAGUUAUGGAUGUACGCGGCAAGUUUAGAGAGCACGAAAAAUGCAUGAGUAGCUCGAAGCGCAGCCGAGAGCAACUCUAGCUUUUUGAGUGCUCUCCAAACUUCCCAGGUGCAUCCAUAACUCGAUAUACGCACAGCUAAAAGCAUAAGCAGACUCUUUUAUAACAGAGCUACAACUAGGAUCUUCCGACAAAUUCGCGAAACGUGCAACUUGCGAGUUUUUCGCGUUCGCUAGAGAAACUUUAAAUUUGAAAAACGAAGACAAUGUAAGAAAAGAAUUUAAGAUCACAGCCAGCUGUCGUUCGAAUAAGACUGAGAGAAAUUAAGGAGGAUGGAAUAAUGAAUAAAUAUUGCAAUGGCUUUCUAAGGGUGUGAUGGUUUAGUUAAAUAAGAUUUUGCACUUGUCGUGGUUCCUUUUGUAAAUUCUAAUCAGAUGCGACAAGAAGAGAAAAUGAUUAGGGGAUGGUUUCCAAUAACGAAACGAAACUUUAAUUAUAAAAUUUCUCGACAUCUACGGUCAUGGAUUAAUUUUCAGUUGUCAGUUAAAUGUGCUCGGAAUUAAUUUCAAGACUGUUUUUCGUGUACCAUGAACAUUUUACGGGAGUUUUAUUUUUGCGGAUGGAGACAAUUUGUGCUUUCUAAGCAAACAAGUCAGUCGGUCUCUAAAUUACUGACAGUUUCAUCAGUGAAACAUCAGCCUGAGGGCAGAUGUUCAACUGAAUGGACCAAAGUAAGGAAGGGAGGAAAUGAAUAAUUUAAAUUUUUAUUAUUUCCUUCUUCCAUCUUCUCUAUAGUUUUACAAAGAGGAGGUACACAGCUGGUAGGCGAUUAGUCGAUAGAUGGUUUGAGUAAGUCCGAAAACAAUCAAAGUGCCCUAGAUACUUGCAUUAUAUUCACUUUUGUAGUUUCUCAUUUGGCCGAAGAUAACAGACAUUUGCAAUAUUUUAUUAAACGCGAUUUUUCAGCGGGAACGUCAUUUUGCGGAUCGAAAAGUAUCCUUAAAAUCAAGUUAGGUAUACCGUUCCUGGCCAAUUCCUAUUUUCUUAUCUACAAAGAGGUUUAUCAGAAAAUAACAAACUAACAGAUGUCUUCAUCCUUGAAAGUUUUAUUAGCUCUUAUUUAAAAUGCGUUCUUGAAUGAAAUUUAUCAGCCAGAGGGACACCUUUUAUGGGGUUGAUUUAUGCAAGGCAUACUCUCCAAAUUCCAAGAAAGGUUUACAACUAUAAAUAUGUAAUAGUCUAAAAGGACAGUUCCUUCAACCGAUGUAAAACGAGUAGGAUGCAUUGAGGAAGAUUUUAGUGUUGAUGAUAAAAAGAAUUAUAAUAUUUAACUGUUUCUUGGCCAGGUGGUUGCUGUGAAGAAGUAUUAUCCCGUGUUGCCAGCAGUUCCGAAAAACCGUAGCGAAAGGAAGAAAACCGUUUUAAGAGCUGCACAAUGAUUGCGACGACAAACUCAACAGAGGGUGGAACACAGACGGAAGCGUAUAAAGUAUUUUCAUGUUCCCCUUCCUCGAUAGUUGGGUUACAACCACAAUCGAUUUAUUUCUCGGCAGUUAACAUUUUCCUCUCCAUCACGGCAUUUCUUGGGAAUUUUCUAAUCCUUGUUGCCCUUAACAAGGAAUCUUCCCUUCACCCUCCGUCCAAAAUCUUGUAUCGUUGUCUGGCAACAACUGAUCUGUUGGUUGGUCUUGUUACCCAGCCUCUCGCUGCUACUUAUUGGAUCUCCUUGGUUCACGAACACUGGAGUCUUUGUCGGUACGUAAGGGACGCAGCCUACAUAUCAAGCGUUGCAUUAUGUGGGGUGUCUUUGUUGACGUUGACGGCCAUAAGCGUGGACAGACUUCUCGCUCUGUUGUUGGGAAUAAGAUAUAGACAAAUAGUAACUUUAAAGCGUACAUGUAUUAUAAUAGCUACGUUCUGGAUUUUUUCCGUAGCCGCUGCAUCAUUUUCCGUUUCACAUACUCGAAUUACCCUUUGGUGUAGUAUUAUUGUCAUACCGUCUGUUGAAGUCCUAAAUGUAAUAACUGUCCUAAAUGUAAUAAAGUCCUAAAUGUAAUAACAUUUGGUCCUAAAUGUAAUAAAGUCCUAAAUGUAAUAACGUUCGGUCCUAAAUGUAAUAAGCCUCCAAUGCAAUCGUUUAACUGCGCUAGUGCACUGUUGUUAUAGCAGACAUCCACAUUGAGAUGUUAAAGUGACAGCUGUUGCACCAAAGAAUCCUCUGACCAAUAUUCAUGGCAUAUUGCGGACUCGCUGAUGUUGAUCAGCGUCUUUUUAUAUGCUAAAGACGUAGGUUGAGAAGCAUUGGCUACAAAACCUUAUACUGAUGUGCUUUUGGCAUCAAAUUGACAGACGCAAAAACAAUGAGAACGCUGACCAAGAGCUUUCUUUAUAUCAUUGGCUCACUCUUAAGUGAAACAGGUUUUGACGAUAUAUUUGUGUGAUCAGUGCUGAAGUUAAUACCUUAUGAACCGCGUUACAAGGAAAAGGUAGUCCACUGACCAAUACGUCUGACAAAUUCCGGGCUCGGAAGUGCAUUUUUGUACUGUCUUCCCUUGCCAGAUUUGUAUGGGUCUGCAUGAAAUAUAUUCCUAUGCUUUAUUGACCAAGCGUGAGGUCAAAUGGCUGGAUAUUGGCCGAAUUUUUUUUUUUGUUUUUAGGGACUGAGACAAAGUCUCGGUCCAAAAAAAAAAAAAGUAGAAAAAGAACGAGGCUAAUAUCCAGUCAUCUUGACCGAACAAGCUUGGUCAAUGCAAGAGAGUUUAUAUUCUCUUGGCUUAAACGUUAAAGGAUUCAAUGUAUAGCAAAAGAUUUCGCUUUGAUAAGAAUCCAGAAUGACUUGUUUAUUUCGAGAGCCGAGAGUGAAAGCCAACUGUUUUUGUAGGACAAAGCCUAAGCUCAACAGUUUCCACUUAUAGUCAUAUGGUACAUGAACUGAUUACCGAGGUGGAGUGAAGCCAUAGAGGGCUAGAAAUGCCAUAUCCUAUUGAUAAUAGUCAUUCUUAUAAAUGAACUCAAAUGCUUCAUUAAAAUAAUUUGACACUGAAUAACAUUGAUGUUCAAAAUUUCAGUAACACUACUGAUAAUAAUACUUUGGAUUAACAUGUGAUACAGCGAAAUCAUUCAAACUGCUCUAAAAAAUAGUGCAUCACUACUAACGACUUUAACACGAACGAUAACAUCAACAAUAGCAUGCUAGUUAAUCAUCAAUUGCAGUCAAUUUCUUUUCCAAAAAUUCCAAUGAUUACGUACCAAUCGAGUUCAUCCACUUGAACUUCCAGCCAAGCAUUAGCCCACUUUGGACUAGAAAUGAUUUUCUUCAGCUCGAUCAAUAGACCGCUUAAAGGACCACACUUUUUUAGAAGGCUUCGAGCGCUGAUUAAACAAGACUUUAAUCCACCAGAGGCAUAAAGCCUCGGUAGAAAUUGUUUCAGACGUUGCACCGACGCCCUUAAUCGUGUAUUAACUUUACGUAAUGUUUGGUAAGUGUGGCAUGCAUUACCAACAAACAGGAUGGCCGAUGACGCUAACACUAUUUCUAAGAUUUUUUCUAAAACUUCACUGGGAAGUUUUCCAAUGUGACAUUCGUCAUCUCCUCUCGUCGCAAAUAAGUCGAUGUCUACAUCUGAAACAAACUGAACCUCCAUCAGCUUAUCACCAUCAUUGGCUAUACCAUUGUCGACUUCAUUUUGCAAUUCAUACUCCGUCUCGUUUGUUCGGCUUCCAUGAGUAAGUCCCUUAGCUAUAUCUGUAGCAAUGUCCGUGUCGUCACCAAUGGCGACGAUACUGUUAAGUCCAGUUUUUGCGUCAGAGUCACCCAUUUCAAAAUCAACGACGUCCUGCUCUAUGUGCAUUUUAUUCGCAUAAUCCUCGGGAACUUCUCCUUCUCCUAAGUCAUUUGCAUCGUAUUCUUUUUUCACUAGCGUCGUUGUGAUCCGCAACUUGUUCCAAGCUCACGUAGUGUUCGCCUUGGUUCUCAGCAAGAUGUCCAAGGUACACGGUAGCUGCUGAAACACUUGCUGACGGACUGAACACAUGCUACCCACCAACUCCUAGAGAGGAAACUAUUUGUAUAUCGAUAUUAUACAAGUUUGCUGCUGCAUACAGCGUAAUCUGAUCUCCAUAGGUCCCAUCUCGCGCCAUAAGAGUUAUAUAAUCGUCCCAGCAAGCGAACUCAUCAUCUGCCAAAUGCUCCAAAAGUAGGAAGCCAUCGUUAUCGUACGGAUUACUUUUUAAGUACUCUACUAUUUCUUUCCUCAUGGUUUCAGGAGAUCUCAAAAUGCCUAGUCUCUUUGCCUGGUGCAAUAGUGCAGCAAAUUGGCAAUUGCCAUCUCCAGGAGGAUUGUAAACCAAUUUAAAACCCUGAUCUUCAAUAGCCUUUGCAUAAUCGUUUCUUCUCAUAGGUAUGUAAUACUUUUUGUAGUGGUCAAUUUUUUUCUUUUUUAGACAGCUUGGCGCAUUUUUGUUUCUGUUUUUCUCGCUCUAUUGUUAGGCUUGUGAUAUCGUCCACGGAGACCCAUGUCCUUUCUUCCUUUCCUGAAAGCGGUGAGGCGUAUGAAACCUUAUAGGUAUGCAACUUGAUCUUACGUUUCUCGAUACGACCCUCCGUCACAUGCCGUUUAUUCGAUGGUUUCCCUCUCAAACGUAUAUACACUUUUUCUCCGAUGCUGUAAACCGAGGGCGGAUUUAAGUGAAGUUGUGUUCGCUGCAUCCGCUUGUCACAUCUGCUCGUGGCUUUUUUUGCUUACUUUCGUAAUUUCAAAGUUUGUCGGGAACGCCGAUUACGGUCAUUGUUAGUUGGGCGAACCCUCCCAGCACUAGGAAGGAUUUCGUCUUGUAAUCUGCUCUCUCUAAAGGCGUUGCACUCUCGUGCAAAGUAUAUUUCGAAUGGUGUUUUGUAAGCUAUAAAUUCCUUAGGGUCGUUAUUUAGAAUUCUUUGAUAAAGAGGGAGCUGUUUCGCCCAGUUUACACCGUCUUGACCCUUUUUUUGAAGGUCAUAUUCCAUCUUGGAUCUUAGUGUCCUGUGGCAACUUUCCACCUUGCCUUGUGAUUGGGGAUGGCGCGGGCGACUGUAAAUCAAUUUUAUAUUCAUGCGAUCGCAAAGUAAUUUCAAAGCUUUCUUGAACUCCCCUCCUUGGUCGCAAUGUAUUAUUUCUGGCGAUCCAUGCUCCAUAUAAAUAGAUUCCAAUUCACUUUCAAUAACCUGGCUUGAUUUGCUUUCCAAAGGACGAAGCCAAAGGAAACGGCUGAAAACAUCAAUCACUGUUAGAACGUAUCUGUUCAAAUGUCCAUUCAUCUUCACGGAUCCUUUUUUGCUCAUAUCCAUCAAAUCUAUUUGGUGCCUAACAUGAACGUCUCUGGCUCUGAUAGGUUUCAGCCUCGCCUUAUUAAGAAACUCAGCAUUUCGGCGAUAAUGACUUUUGUCCGUGUUUAGAAUAGUUUGUAUUUUAGCUCGACUUACUCCUAAAAAGUUGUCCCUCAGUGAGCAAGCCAACUUCCCCGCAGCAGAUCCUUUCGUCCUUUCAAAUUUCCUCAACCACUACUUUGUUAACCUCUGAUGAUUUUAAUAGUCGACGCCCCUCGCAAUAGAGUGCCUUAUCACUAUGGUCUUCUUUCACUGAUAUCUUUCCGCCGGCUCUCCAGUAUCGCACAGCAGCUGCACGCAUUGCUCUCGUCCGUUCUUUCACUGGUGGUUGCGCCUUGCCUUCAACAAGGUCGAGCAGUGCUUCAUGAACGUCGUCUGCUAAAACAGAUCUUUAUGGGCCACAGACUUAUCCCACAAUGAUGCUAGUAAUGCUAAAACCAUAACAACUAAAACAAUAAAUCUCAUGUUAAAUCAAUGCAAGUACUAGCGCUCCACAUUCGAUCUAGAUCUCAAAGAAAACUGCCGGAAUAUUUCACAGGCUCGUGAAAUGUUUAUCAGUCGGAUCCGCACUGAAGAAUUUUUCCACACUCAGUUCAACCAAUCAAUUCAACGUUGCUGGGCAAAUCUUUGCCUUACUACCAGUUAUUUUGAAACUGGAAAGUUAAGCGCUUUACGUGCAUGUUAUUCUCAUAGUGCUGAUUCAGUAGAAGAAAAGUCCGUUUUAGAGUCAGGUCAUGCUGUUUUAUCUAAUGUCUGAUCGUUAAAGACAUCAGUGUGUCGAGCAAACCUUGUUUCCUUUUUUUCUUUCUUUCUUUAAUUCUUUAAAUCAAUUAGUAUAUUGCUAAAAAGGCUCACACGAUUAGUUGUACUCACAUCUCAGAGAAAGCAAGGGAACAAAUUUUUGCGUGAGUUUUUGGGGACCGGGACAUAAUUUACAGCCUUCAACAUAAACAACCAUUUUUAAUGUUCAUUAUAAAUCACUCGUGUGACUGUUUCCGGCCUUAUAUAAAACGUAAUCGAGCAACAAGUAUGCGCUAAAAACACCUGUUACUUAUUUCGAAUUACAGUACUACCUCUUCCAUAGGAACCUUUUCCCGUGCCUUUUAAUUUUGGAGCUCAAAAAAUUUGCGUUAGUGAGCUCGUUCAUGACAUGCACCAGAUUUUUGUUAAGUGUCUGUUUUGUGAUUGGCAAUCUGAGCCGGUGAUUUGUGAUGAUGUACUGGUCAGUAGCUUCUUUGCAUUUACACCUGUUAAAUGUAAGUAACUGAGUAUAUGAUUCGAUGGAGACACAUGCAAUACCUUAUUCGUUUGUCGGAUUUGUUGCAGGCAUUUCAAGAUCAAGAGAAUAUAAUUGUCCCACUUAUGUUCUAUCGAGGAGAAAACUUUUUUUCCAUAUUCAUAUACUCAGGGAGAUAUUCGAGAAUUUGAAAGUAACAACCCUCUAGAGUGCUGUCACGAGAUCCGAAUUGGUAAACAAAAUGUGCAUGCUAACAAGGUCUGUGCAGGCAUGGAACGACAAAACAUUUGUAGCCGAGCCUGCAAAUUGUCCGACCUACAAGUCAGUGGACUCAUUUGUCCAAGUUUGUAAUUUGGUUUAUGACUUGUUAAGUCCAUCACCGAUCACACAAGUAUAAUGUUAUCCUAAUUUUCCAAAAUUUAUUGUACCUAAGAGUCUGAGCUAGUGACAUAUGGAGAGGUUUUGGUCAGCAUACUCAUUGUUUUGUCAGCUGUCAUUUGAUGCCAUUUGCGGCCAAUGCUUCUCGACUUAUGUCUAGCAAGUAAAAAGACGCUGAUCGAUAUCAGCGAGCCCGUAAUUUGACAUGUAUACUGGUCAGCGGUUUUUUGUGCAACAGCUGUCACUUAAACAUCUCAAUGUGGAUGUCCGCCGUAACAACAAUGCACUGAAGGAGUUAAACGAUUGCAUUGGAGGCUUAUUACAUUUAGGACCAAAUAUUAUUACAUUUAGGACUUUAUUACAUUUAGGACAGUUAUUACAUUUAGGCCUUCAACACCGUCAUGCUCAGUGAUCUCAAUCGCCUCUUAUACAAAGAUAUUUCGCACUCUUAGACAUAAUCAGGCUCAAGUACAAGAUCGUGUUCAACAACAGUCGAGCCAAACAACUGCUCUAAACAUGGCAAGAUACAGGAGGGCAGUGAACAGUGCACUGUGGGUGCAGUUAGCUUUAGCUGUUUGUUACGUACCAACAGCUUUAGUGUUGCUUGUGCAAGCUUCUAGAAAAACUUAUUCUUCAAAUGUAGUAGUUAUAAAAGCAAUAGCAGAUAUUUUAACAUAUUUUAACUCCACUUUGAAUCCGUUUCUCUACUGCUGGAAAGUCAAAGAAGUGAGGCAAGCAGUGAAGCAGACAAUCCGACAAGCACUUUGCUUUCCAUGGACUUAG